AUGACCAACGACUCCUGCCUCCAUGUGCAGCUACAGUGCAUGUGCAUGAUGCAGCAGCUGGUGGAGGACACACUGUGCUUCCUCCACUACCAUAAGAAUGAGCUGAAAAGUCAAGAUCCCAGCCUCCUGAACACCCUUUCAACCAACUCUUACUUAGGUAUCAAGAAAACUGCCUGCUGGUUCCAGAUGUUGGUGAAAGACACCUGGAAGUUUAUUCCUUAG